ACUUGCCCCUCAGCGGAUUUUUCAAAGCGCUCUCGGACAAAAUAACGUAGCCGCGCCAGGAAGGGCAGCGUGUGGGCGCCCAGUCCCGACCGUCACCUCCUCCUCUUCUUCCUCCUCCUCUUUUCUCCUCCGCUGUCGGUCCAGAGAAUUAACUAACUGAAAAAAAGCUGCAUGUGGCUUUUUUUUUUUUUUUUUAAAUUUUUGGCUUUUUUUGUGACCACCAACGGGACUUGCCAGAGGCGAGUGGAUUUUUAUGAGAUGGUUUCAGGCAUGUUUCAGCUGGUGUACCUCUUGGCUUUGAAUUGUGCGUGAUUACCGGGAGGUGGAAAAAAGCGAGCUGCUCAUGGAUAGCGCGGCGGAGGAUCAGCCCGUAAACUUGCCUGUUGCAGCCACCAAGUAGAGGAUCACACGAAGACACAAAGCGCUCUCUUUUUUUCUUUACCUUCCCUUCUGUUUUUCUACCGCGGAGCCCCCUCUUCCAGCACCCACAUCGCGUCCAUCCAAGUCGGAGCAGGCGAGAGAGCAAUCAAGCAACCGACGAGAGACCAGCCAACCGGGGGAGCCACAGUGGUUUCCCCCCCACUACCCCCCAGCCACCACACACACCUCCUCUCGCUUUGAAUUAUCUUCGCACCCACUGGCUCUUUUUCUCCUCUGAUUUUUUUUUUCGAAAACUGCACACCCUCCCGUCCUUACACCCACCCACCCCGAUCUAUGUGGGUGCCCUGAGAGCGCACCCAGGGGGGGAAACUGUGUAUCAAAGCUCCGCUGGUCCCCCAGGCAGCCUCGGAUCACCGUGGCCAGAGACAAACUCCCUGCCGGGCCCCCAAAGCCGACAUGCCGCGGAGGAAGCAGCAAGCGCCUCGGCGCGCCGCAGCAUACGUCCCUGAAGAUGAGAAGGAAGCAGCCUUGUUGGAUGAAGACUUGGAUGGAGAAGACUCAGCUCAGGAAGGAGAGGAGCCUGCUACCAAGUUCCUAUGUCAAGAUAAGGAUUUCCUUCUUAAGGACAGGCCAGGAUCUGCUGGCUUCCAUGACUCCCCAAAUGCUGCUGACUUUUCUGGUCAGGAGCUGGACAGUGAGUCUCACUUGAGUGAAUCUAGUGACAGAAUGUCUGAUUUUGAGAGCUCUUCACUGAGAAACGAGGAUGAUGUUCUCCUCUCUAAAGACCCUUCACAUGCUCUUUCUCCAUCUUCCUCUGCUGUCAUGAUGGCUGCAGCUAAUGCCACUGUCCCAGUAAGUGGAGAUGAGGCCAUAUUAGCUGCAACAGGGUCUGUGGCUGACAGCCUGGAGAAGAUGAAGGCCAUUUACACCUCCUUUUUGACCAACUCGUAUUGGUCUACACUGAAUCUGAACUUGAGUCAGCCCCCUGCAGAAAAACCCCCUCGCAGUCAUAGCAGCAGCAGUAGUAGCAGCAGUAGCAGUAGCUGUGGCAGUGGAGGCUAUGACUGGCAUCAGACAGCUAUGGCUAAAACCCUCCAGCAGGCCUCACAGAACCACCACAACAGAGUGGGCCUGGUUCAACAUCCCACACUGGCUGUGUCCACAGCGUCCACAGAACCCAACCUUUUUAGUACUGUUCAGCUGUACCGGCAGAGCUCUAAGCUCUAUGGUUCCAUAUUCACUGGUGCCAGCAAAUUCCGUUGUAAGGACUGCAGUGCAGCAUAUGACACUCUAGUAGAGCUCACAGUACACAUGAACGAGACAGGCCACUACCGUGAUGAUAACCAUGAGACAGAUAGUGAGGGUACAAAGCGGUGGUCAAAACCCAGAAAGCGUUCUUUGCUAGAGAUGGAAGGGAAGGAGGAUGCACAGAAAGUUCUGAAGUGCAUGUACUGUGGACACUCCUUUGAAUCCCUUCAGGACCUAAGUGUCCACAUGAUCAAGACAAAACACUACCAGAAAGUGCCUCUGAAAGAGCCUGUUACACCAGUGGCAGCUAAAAUUAUCUCAUCGGCCCGAAAGAGAGCCCCUAUUGACCUAGACAUCCCUAGCUCACCGGACUCUAACGGAGGCACCACACCUAAGCCCACCUCCCUCAGUGACUCUAAUGACAUGACACUCCAAAAGGUCAGCAACCCUUACAUCACACCUAACAACCGCUAUGGACACCAGAAUGGUGCUAGCUAUGCCUGGCAGUUUGAAUCCAGGAAGUCACAGAUUCUCAAAUGCAUGGAGUGUGGCAGCUCGCAUGACACGCUGCAAGAGCUAACUGCUCACAUGAUGGUGACGGGACACUUUAUUAAAGUUACCAACUCUGCUAUUAAGAAAGGCAAACCAAUUAUAGAGUCACCCACUCAAGCCCCUACAUCCAAUUCAACAGCUGAAGAAAAGGUGCAGUCUGUUCCCCUGGCUGCUACCACGUUCUCCCCUCCACCUGCCCCGGUGCCUCCUCCAAGCAGUAUCUCCCCCACUGCAAUGGUUGCGGAGAUAAAAAAGGAGGAAAAAGAAGAGGAAUGCACUAACGAGUUCAUUAUUAACAAUGGUAACAGUCUCAACAAGGAGAAGAAGGCGGGCGGUGAGGAGGAGGCUGAGGAGAAGUUUGAUAUUUCUUCAAAAUACACCUAUCUGACUGAAAAGGAUCUGGAUGAAAGUCCAAAGGGGGGUCUUGAUAUCCUUAAGUCCUUGGAAAACACAGUGACCUCAGCCAUCAACAAAGCCCAGAAUGGAGCUCCGAGUUGGGGUGGAUAUCCCAGUAUCCAUGCUGCCUAUCAGCUUCCAAACAUAAUGAAGCUCUCUCUAGGUAACUCCGGAAAGAGCUCUCCCCUAAAAUACAUGUUCCCUGGGGGGGAGAUUCUCUCACCCACUGGUAAGAGCCAACCACUGAUCUCACCUCCCAGCCGCCAGACCUCCCCACUGCCUAAAAACAACUUCCAUGCUAUGGAGGAACUGGUCAAGAAAGUGACAGAGAAAGUGGCAAAAGUAGAGGAGAAAAUGAGAGAGCCCAAUGUUGCUGCAAGGGGUUCUCCUCUGAGAUGUACCACACCCUCACCCUGUAACAGUGAGGCAGGGGACUCAGCCCGAGGAGAGUCCCCCAAGGAAAAUAGAGCAGGAGGCUGUAAAACUCCUGAGAAUACAAGUGGAGUGGAAAAAGUAACAGGAGAUGGCAAUGGAACCAAUCACAGAGAUUCAAAUGGUGAUAUUUCCAUGAAGGAGUCUGUGGAGAAUGGAGUAGAAUCCACUGCUGUGACAUCACCUCUCCCUGCCUCUCUGUGUGGCAGUACAGCGAUCAUCACAGAUCAUCCACCUCCAGAGCAGCCAUUUGUCAACCCUCUAAGCGCACUGCAGUCAGUAAUGAACGUCCAUCUGGGAAAGGCCGCUAAGCCUGCCCUGCCCUCCCUUGACCCCAUGAGUAUGCUGUUCAAGAUGAGCAACAGCCUGGCAGAGAAAGCAGCAGUAGCCGCUUCCACCCCACCAGCACAGACCAAAAAGACCAAUAAUGACCACUUAGACCGCUACUUCUACCAGCAACAUCUAAACAGUGACCAACCUAUAGAUCUCACCAAAGGAAAAAGUGCUGAAAAAGGCAGCAAUAGUGGUUCUUUAGGUUCGGCAGCUCUCUCUUCCACCACCUCCACCCCAUCUUCCGUUUCUCCCUCCUCUGCCGUCACCAUGACCAAAGCCUCAGCUGCAGUAGCAUCCUUUAUGUCCACCUCCCCUUUGCGAGAAAAUGCCCUCUCCGAUAUCUCUGACAUGCUGAGGAACCUGACAGAAAGUCAGGCUGUCUCCAAGUCCUCCACACCUACCAGUCAGUCUGAACGAUCCGACAUCGAAGGUGUCACACAGGAGGAGACAGAAGAUGUUUCACCAGCUCAGAAACGAAAAGGCCGCCAGUCCAACUGGAACCCUCAACACCUCCUUAUCUUACAAGCCCAGUUUGCUUCCAGUCUGAGACAAACAAAUGAUGGCAAAUACAUGAUGUCAGACCUGAGCCCACAGGAGAGAAUGCACAUCUCCCGAUUCACUGGUCUCUCAAUGACUACAAUAUCCCACUGGCUGGCUAAUGUCAAGUACCAGCUGAGGAGAACUGGUGGCACCAAGUUCUUGAAAAACUUGGAUUCAGGUCACCCAGUGUUCUUCUGCAGUGACUGCGCCUCUCAGAUUCGCUCACCAUCCACCUAUGUCAGCCACCUGGAAUCCCACCUGGGCUUUCGCCUGCGAGACCUUGCUAAACUUUCUGGAGAGCAGCUGCUCAGCCAGAUAUCACAGCAACAUCACCAACAACGCCACACCAAAGGACUAUCUGAAAAAUUAUUCUCUAACCUUCACGCAUCCAGCCACCCAUUACCCUCCUCCUUACCUACAUCCUUACCCAUCUCCCUGUCCUCAUCCUUAACCACCUCUUUGCCCUCGACUGAAUCUCCAUCACCCUCCCCGGAUGAUGAUGACAGUGGGGCCGUGUACCAGUGCAAGCUCUGCAACCGGACUUUUGCGAGUAAACAUGCGGUUAAGCUUCACCUGAGCAAGACUCAUGGGAAGUCUCCUGAGGACCAUCUCAUGUAUGUGUGUGAGCUGGAGAAACAGUAGCAGUGGAUGGGGACAAUGCUCUUUCAUAAUGGCUCACACUUUCUUGCUCUGUCUUUCUUUAGCCUUUCAUAGACAUUUAAAAAGGAAAAGGCUUCUUAAAGUGAUGGAACUACACGAAGAUGCCAUACAACUACUGCUCUGAAUUUUGGCACAUGAUUUUACAUUUUGUGUUGAAUGAGUUUUUUUUUUUGUUUGUUUGUUUCUACGUGAGGUACACUCACUCUGGCCCAACACAUUUGAUUUUGUCGCCUUUGACAGGAAUAGACUCUAUUUCAUAAUGGGUAAAUGGGGGCUGUUGUCAUUGAGAAAAGACAGUAUAUGAAGGUUUUAAAAAGAGAUUCAAAAACGCAGUGGUGUGCAUUUUGAAACUUGUGUAAAUGGAAUUAAGUUCCUUUAUAUUUUGGCAUCACUGAGGUGUGAUAAGCUGCAUGCAUAAAUAAAACAGUUUAGUUAAACAUUUUAUAACUAAACCUGGUGCACUUUCCAUGUUUGUUUUUUUCACUCUCCUGAUUGCUCUAUCUUCUGUUUUGUUUUGUUUUUUUUAAUAGCGUUUUGUGCUGGAGUCAGGAUUUAAAUUUUAACCCUCUGAGUACGUUAAAGCACUUCUACACUUAAGAUCCAAACACUAUUGGUUUAAUAUUUGAGAUUGGGAAUUACCUAGGAUAUUGUGAGAAUUAGAUGUGCAUUGUGUCACCAAUGCUUGUUUCCCAGAGAUAUUGUAUGCCAAGUUUUACCCUAGACAUGAAAGCAUUUUUAGGAGACUCUCCAGUGCAAGAUUUUCAUCUUGAGCUUCAUAUUUGUCUGGCAGAUGCUCACAGGACAUGACACAAGCUGUGUGAUUAAAAAAAAAAGAACAAAAAAGAAAAAAAUGUUUUACUUUGGUUAAUCAGGGACCUAUAUUAAUUCAGGUCUGUGUAAAAUAUGUAUAUAAAACAUAUUAAUUAAUCCCUGUCUAAAUUAUGCAUCAUUUCUAUAUUUUUAAUUUAAAAGGAUUAUGACUAUCUGCUGGUGCACAGUAUAUGAAGACAUAAAUAAAAUUGUUUUGCACAAUAGUUUUAUAAAUGUGUUAUCUAAUCAAAGGAUACAAAAAAGGGAGGUAGCAAAAGAUUGACAAGUGAAUCUUUUUAUUCCCAAUUCGUGCUCAAAGGGUUAAAGACUCUUUUUUUAUCAGACACUACUCUACAUGUGCCCCUGUAUGAACACUAAAAAGAUAUUAAAGGUUGUACAAAAAGAAAUUACUUUAUGAAGAUAUUUCACAUGUAAACUGUUAUUUAUAAGCACUCUUGGUUGUUUCAUAUCGUUGAAUGCCUUUUUGAUUGGUCCUUUUUCUUUUUCUUUUUUUUUUUUUAGUUCUGUCUAAUUACUCUGCCAUGAUUCCACACUGCAGCUUUAUCUUUUUGGAUAUGAAAGGUAACCAUGGUUACACUUACCUCUUGAGUGACAAGAUCUGCUACAUUUUUGGCAGUUAAUUUGCUGAAGUAACUGACAGCUGCCAGUGUAGAGAAAUAAUGAAAAAAAAAAUCCUUAAGUGUAAAAUAUCGGCAUGUAAAGAGCACAGAUACUGAUAUGCAUUCUGUGCCGUUAGUCUUUUUAAUUUUGUUCUUUUGUUUUCUGUUGUUGUUGUUCUUGACAAGGAACCCCCAUUAUAUGACUUCAUAUAACCUUGUUUUCUACUGCAGCAUUAAAAAAGGAAACUGUUUUUUUGCAAUAA